GAGGUGCAGUUCAUCUUCAACAAGCCUGAAGUCACUUUCAGUUGCGUUCAGAGUUUUUCCUCCAGCGACGCACAGACUCACCCGAGAUGGAGUCAGCUGAAGCUUUCGUGAAAUCUCAGUUUGGCUGGCCUCAAAUGCAUCACUUGUUUGCGCUAAUCUGUCUCGUUGCUGUCGUCUAUAAAGUAACCAUCCUGUACCUUCAAAGAAGACAUGCGCUUCUAGGCACUGAAGAUUUUCCAGGACCACCGGCGCACUGGCUUUUUGGACAUGGUAGAGAUUUUAAACAAGAUGGAAAAGCUCUGGACAGGAUUGUGGGAUGGGGAAGGCAGUACUCUUACGCUUUCCCAGUGUGGUUUGGUCCCUUUGUUUGUUUCCUCAACAUUCAACAUCCAGAUUAUGUGAAGACAGUAUAUGCAACAUCAGAGCCAAAAGGUGAUUUGGGGUAUAGGUUUAUUCAGUCUUGGAUUGGUGAAGGUUUAUUGGUGUCAAAUGGUCAAAAGUGGUUUCGGAACAGAAGGCUCUUGACCCCAGGUUUCCAUUAUGAUGUUUUGAAACCAUACACUAACCUGAUGGCAGACUCUGUUAAAACAAUGUUGGACAAAUGGGAAAGUUAUGCAAACACCAGCAAGUCCUUUGAAUUGUUCGAACAUGUGAGCCUUAUGACACUGGACACCAUCUUAAAGUGUGCUUUCAGCUACAGCAGCAACUGUCAGAAUGAAAGUGGAAGUAAUGCAUACAUCAAGGCAGUUUAUGAGCUCAGUGAUCUGAUUAACCUGCGGUCCAGGAUAUUUCCAUACCACAAUGACCUGAUUUUCUACCUCAGCCCACAUGGUUUCAGAUACAGAAAAGCAUGUAGAGUGGCUCAUGAUCAUACAGAGGCGGUCAUAAGAAAGAGGAAAGAAGAACUAAAGGAGGAGAAGGAGCUGGAACGCAUACAGGCCAUAAGAAACUUUGACUUUCUGGACAUCCUUCUCUUUGCAAGAGAUGAGAACCAGCAGGGUUUAUCAGAUGAUGACAUACGAGCAGAAGUGGACACCUUCAUGUUUGAGGGCCAUGACACCACAGCCAGUGGCCUGUCUUUCAUCCUCUACUGUCUGGCCUGCCACCCAGAACACCAGAAGAUGUGCAGGGAGGAGAUCAUUCAAGCCUUGGAUGGCAAGGACACCAUGGAGUGGGAGGAUCUCAGUAAAAUUCCAUACACUACAAUGUGCAUCAAAGAGUGCCUCCGCCUUUACCCUCCUGUACCAGGAACAGCCAGAAAGACAACAAAGCCCAUGACCUUUCCUGAUGGAAGGACUUUACCGAAAGUUACUCACAUUGGAAUAAGUAUCUAUGGGACUCACAGAAAUCCAUCUGUCUGGGAAAACCCUGAUGUCUUUGACCCACUGCGUUUCCUACCAGAGAAUGUUUCCAAGAGGUCGCCUCAUGCAUUCGUGCCUUUCUCUGCCGGGCCAAGAAAUUGCAUCGGGCAGAACUUUGCCAUGAAUGAGCUGAAAGUGGCGACAGCCCUGACACUGAGGAGGUACCAGCUGAUCGAGGACCCCACUCAGAAACCCAAGAUAAUACCAAAUCUUGUGCUUCGCUCACUCAAUGGCAUCCACAUCAAAAUCAAACCUGCUGACCCACAAGAAUAAAGGGAAAUUACAUUACACUCAUGCUAUAAAACCACAAACAUAUCAUAGUAAUGAGAUUAACUGUGCCGUAUUUUAAUUAGUGGCUGAAUAUGUUUUGGGGAGAAAUUACUUGGCUGAAAAAGAAGUUGCACUUGUAUUUUAGAAUCGCUUUUGCACAUUGGAACAGUUUCAUAAUGAGACAUUUUGUAGUUGCAAUAAAUAGACAAUGGUAUGACGAUAGGACAGCAGUAAUUCACUCCAUAGGGACUUGGGUUAGGAACUGGAAACUUCUACAUAUUCACCAAGGCAUGAUAUACAAAAUAAAAUACCUGAUGUAGCAGAGACUGCACCUUAUAGAGAGGGAUACAUAUUUUGGCACACUGCAUGUUCAUCCUGGUGGGACAAGUAGACAGCCUCAUUCGCGUCAUGUUAUAAGAGCCAUAUGAGUGCAAUGCAAUAUUACUAUUGUCUAUUUUGCAUAUAUGUAUAUACUUAAGAUCAUGCCUAGCACCUUUGCCAGUUCAUCCUGUGGCCCACCUUGGCUGUUGUUAGACAUUGUGAUCAAAAUAAUCACAAUGCAAUAAAAUUUUCUCAUCAAAAUGAGGUUGUUUUCAAGUAUUCUUAUCUGAAGGUUACAUUUGCGCAUAAAAAUCACUAACAUUUUCCUCCAGGGGAGAAUGCUCCCGGACUACCUGCCUAAUUUUGGUCUCAUAUCUUGUCAUCUCUUCCAGUACUCUGGAGUUUGCAGGUCUGUGUUACUGCAUCAUCCACUUGAUUAGCCUAUAUGUAAUGGUUUUUAGUUUUACUGGUGGUUUACGGCUAAGGGCAGUACCAGGUCAGGUCAAAUCAAUAAAAGGUUUAACUGAGCAUUUUACAGGGCCAAUGACAUUUAGUCUGCCUUUUUUAGUGCUAAAUAAAAAGGUAGUGUGAACUUUA